UUUGUGUGCAAACGAAAACAUAUAUAUGCAUCUCGCUCCUCUGAUCCAUGCCUACUCGACGAUCCCGCCGGCAAACUGCUGCCGUAGCUAGCCAUGGAUCUUGGUGCCAGCAGCCGCAGCAGCAGGCGAGGGCACAGCAGCUACAAGGCGAGCAGCCAUGGCCACUGGCACCAUCCACACUCCGCCAGAUGCCUCUGCCUCUACCUUCUCCUCUCGGUCACCCUCCUGAUCGCCGUCGCCGCCGUGCUCCUCGUCGUCUUCGUCACGAGGCUCAAGAAGCCGGCGUUCUACCUGCAGUCCGUCCAGAUGGACCGGUCCUUCAGCCUCCGGUUGCCGUCGUCAUCGGCGGCGUCGAACCGCAGCGCGAACGCGACAAUGGCAGCGCCGUGCGCGGUGGCGUCGCUGGUGUUCGCCGCGCAGAACCUGAACGGCCUCGGGAUACGGUACGGCGCGGCGGUGCUGGGCGUGUCGUACGCGAACGAGUCGGUCGGCGCCAUGGACGUGCCGGCGUUCUACCAGCCGCCGCGGAGCGGCAACGUGACGGUGAUCGUGCACGCCGCGCUCGCGGAGCGGAACGUGACGCGGCUCCUCGUGCGCGAGCUGUCGGCGCAGCGGAGCUACAUGGAGGUCAGGGUCACCGGGAGCAUCGACGCCCGGACGCACGUCAUGAACUUCCCGCUGCCAAAAGUUCAGUUUUCGCUGGAUUGCAGGUUUGGAACCAACUACACCGACAUUGUGCUGCGGGAAGGAAUCGAGUCCAUGAUGACACGCAAGGCUCUCCUUGUAUCUUCACUGCCUCACCUCUCACAGAAGUGCUCUAUCAAGAUUGACUUGAGGUCCAGACGAAAGAGGGCUAGUCUUGACGAUCUAGGAUGCUGGUAGUCUCACAGAUUCAGAUUCUUUUACCUUUGUGAAAAUUUUUACCUUAGGCAAAAGAAUUCCUUUCACGUGUCCCCAAGAUGUAAAUACAGUCGACUUAGCCAAUCGUGUAUGUUCAUCUGCAUCUAGUAAAAUGAUUAGUCUUUUUUUUAAUGAAAAAGGACAUAAGC